CGAAGUGUUUCGCUGGUCGCGUGGCCAGCGAUAGAUGUCAACUCACUGUUGCAGCAAACCAUCCGCAAGUCGGCCAUUCUCCAUGAGACACUUUCCGUCGCACCAUCUACUAAACAACCGACGACUGCCGCCGCUGCCGCAGCAGCAGCAGCUUUCUGUGGCAGCAAUGACAGUUCCACCCUCACACUCACACCGUCGCUAACGACAAUUGCCAAAUUUCCACCUUCCACAGAGAACAAUGUGGCCACAGCUGUGGCAGUUGCCACCAUUCAUCCCACUACGAAUGUUAAUAUUGGUGUUAGUACGGUGGUCACAACGGCCACCACUUCCACCAGUUAUCAUCAGUCGCAUGGGAUGCAUCGCAGCAAUAUGUUGCCACCACGGUCGUCAGCAACAAAAGCAACAAAACAUUCGCCUGUGGCUGCGGCAGAAGCAUUUGGGUGUGAUCCAAUGCUGCGAUCCGCUGAAAUCAUUUUAUAG